CUAUGAAGGAGGUGUAGAGGGAAUGGACUUUGCCCGAUUGUCUCGUUGGUACUAAUUUAUAGAGCUUCAUAUAUACAAUUAUAUAUCCGCUAUUUCUUGCACUUCACCGGUAAUUCUGCACAAAAUAUGAGGAAUGUUCGUCCUCGUCCUUGAAGAAGCCUCUGCAACUGUUGCAUUUGCAUCCCUUUUUAUGCUUACGAUCUCUUUUUCUCUAGAAACAUCGUGCAUUCCCUUUUUCAAUCUAGAGCCACAACCAGUCUUCACCGGUACAUCUAUCCUUUGCCAUGUCAACACGUCAACCCUUCGAGUGCGCAGGAUAACUCUACUUGCCACACCUCUGGAGGACAUGGGCAUCAGAGCUCCCUCGCUCUUACAGCUUACCCUCCCACCAAGAGGCGCCCCAUUCAAGCGUAGCGCGGAAUCAGAACACAGAUGAAGGAGGAGUUGCGCACCCCUCAGUCUUCUCGCCUCCUCUUCCAAACCCGAAAC